UGCAACUAGUAGUCAAGAAAAAGAAAGAAACGCAAGAAAGUUCAAAGACUUUCCACCUGAUGGACGAGCGAUUGCAGGUCCCGGUUCACCAGAACAAAGUUUGCUUGGGCUUGAAACCUUUUGGACCUCAACGUGUUGUGAAGAAUCAGCAAACAAGAGAAGCAUAAAUGGACAGACUGCCAUUCGGCCGGAAGUACAAGGACUAGUCCAGAAAAACCAAAACAGGCCGGAUCCUACGCUGAUUCCAGUGUUAAGGCAAUGGGGAUGUGAGAGUUUGAGAGUUUUCUGCCUAAAACGCUGUCAAAAAGUUGUAAUUGAAAAUCCCCAGCAACUUUGUCUAUUGAUUGCGGAGUCGUUCAGAGAAGAACAUGAUGGGACACGAAGCGAGCCGACCAUCGACUUGACACUGGUGACAAAAUCAGCUGUGCGCGCCGUGGUACCCACACAUCCAGCAGCACAUCCCGCUGACAGCUGGGAGUCGACGAGGGAGCGAGAACACCGAGUGGAUCUACAGGCGUUAUGAUCGUAACGCAAUUGGAAAAGGAAAAGAAAAUCUUCCAGGGAAAAGGGGGGGUUUUGUAUUCCACAGAGGGAUGAGAAAAUGGGACUUUGGGGGAAUUCAUCCAGCCUCCGGUCUCCAGUCACCUCCACACUGAAGUGGAGCGGAACUCUCGGGCGCGCUGCCGGACCUCUGCUGCGCCUCGGCGCGCUCCGCGAAGCACCAAGCCCGCAAUGAGAGCAGCUCGGCUCUAACCAUGGGCGCGCACAUCCUGGAGUCCAACUCCAGCGCCAACCUGACGCCCGCGGUGUCCGAGGCUGGGGUCGUGCUGCCCGGCUACCUGGUGGUGAUCUUCUCGGUCCUCAUGGUGACUCUGGUGAUCGUGGUGGUGGCCGGGAACGCGCUGGUCAUCAUGGCUUUCAUCGUGGAUAAAACCCUGAGGAAUCAGAGCAACUACUUCUUUCUGAACCUCGCCAUCUCCGAUUUUCUCGUGGGCGCUUUCUGCAUCCCAGUGUACAUCCCCUACAACCUGACUGGCAGGUGGAUGCUGGGGAAGGGGCUCUGCAAAGUCUGGCUGGUCAUGGACUACCUGCUCUGCUCUGCCUCUGUCUUCAACAUUGUCCUCAUUAGUUAUGACCGCUUCCUGUCAGUCACCAGGGCAGUUAAAUACAGAGCGCAGAGGAACAUCACCCACCAGGCGGUGCUGAAGAUGGUGGCGGUCUGGCUGCUGGCGUUCCUCCUCUACGGCCCCGCGAUCAUCUUCUGGGAGGCCAUCGUGGGCCAGAGCGUGGUCCCGGACCACGAGUGCUACGCAGAGUUUUAUUUCACUUGGUACUUCCUGCUCAGCGCUUCGACCUUCGAGUUCUUCACGCCGUUCGUGUCGGUGGCCUUCUUCAACCUCAGCAUCUACUUGAACAUCCACCGGAGGAACAAGUGCGGGAACGGCGGUGCCGAGGACGAGGCCAAGCCGCAGAGGAAACCCAGGAAGUACAGAGACGGCGCGGGGGCCUGGUCCGUGUUUUUCGUCAAGACUCGGAAGGUGACCUCCAGCGAGCCUGCUGCUAUCUCGGCGGUCAUAGAGGACGAUGACAUUCUGUCCCCGUCCUCCAGCGGCUGCCCUGACACGAGUCAGAUUUUUGUGCAGAGGGAGAAGUUCUCUCCUCAGCGGAAAAACUCCAGGCUGUUUCAGCACACUGCUUCCUGCAUGGCGCCGGGCCGGAGAACUCCCGGAUCCCGCCUUUCCCGAGACAAAAAGAUCGCCAAGUCGUUGGCUAUCAUCGUCUGUAUUUUUGGGAUAUGCUGGGCUCCGUACACUCUGCUCAUGAUCAUCCGUGCCGCCUGUGGCGGCGAAUGUGUGGCGCACUACUGGUAUGAGAUCACGUUUUGGCUCCUGUGGCUGAACUCGGCCAUCAAUCCGUUCCUGUACCCUUUGUGCCACAGCAGCUUCCGGAGAGCUUUCUCAAAGAUACUGUGUCCUAAGAGGCAGUCGGUGCAGCCUCAAAUUGAGGUUCAGUCUUGCUAGAUGGACUCAGUUUGCACAGCCAUAUUUGAAGAAUGCAGUUAGUGUUUGAUGGUGUAAAAACUCAUACAAUGUUCUUCCAUGAAAAAAAAAAGAAGGCGUGUUUGCAUUUAAAGGGAUAGUUUGGCGCUUACCCUUGUCGUUUCUGCUGGUGGGUGACAUGGACUUAAAUAUCACAAUCUUUUGUGAUGUCAUUGUGAUAACGAUGCAAGAUAUUACAGGUCACUGCGUAGCUGUGACUGCACGACACAUCGAUUUUUCAAAUUUAUUGACAUUUGUUGACACUCAUCAGACAAACAGUAUAGAAAAUAGUAAAAUUAACAAUCUGACAAUAGAGACAGCUUUGGGGUUUUUUCUCAAGCAUCAUAAAUUGGAAUUUGUCACGACAACAAAUCAAGAUUCUUACAAAUAAUUCAUCAUGGUGAAAGACAAACGAUGCGCUAACUGCACACCUCUUGUCAUAUUGUGAAGAAAUCCUAAAAGUAACAAAAGGCUCGCAGCUAAUCUGACCCGUUUCCGCCGUGGUUACCAAUUUAAAACGGCUCAAACCAAAAAUAACAUUUCUACAGGAUACAGCACGAGAUUAGUGGAUAUUGUAUAUGUAUAUUUUUUUUAGGAGGCGGUUGGUUGCUGUUUAAUUAGCUGAACAUCUUCUGUGUAAUGACGCUAAAGCUACGUUCGCAUAAACUUUCCCAUCUCACCAGCUGCGUACUGGCCGUUUGCUUUUUUUGUCUGCAGAGGGAAAAAUGG